AUGACCGACUACGACGUUGCAAUCAUCGGUGCCGGCAUCGUCGGCUCGACGCUGGCCUCCCUCCUGGCCCCGCACACCAACCUGGUCCUCAUCGACCGCUCCGUACGCGGCUUGCACGGAUCAACAGGACAUGCUCCCGGGUUUGUUGGGCAACUCAACACUCUCGCACCUCUGACGGAGCUCGCCAAACGGACGGUCAAGCAUUACACCUCCGUCCCCGGUGGAUUUGACAUUGUGGGCGGACUGGAAGUUGCCAGGAGUGAGGCCGAAGAGGCCAACCUGACCGAAAGGGCCCAACUCGCGCACGACGCUGGGCUGGCCGCCAGGCUGGUGAGCGCGUCAGACGCUGCCGAGCUCGCGCCAGCGUUUAUCGAUGGGGAGCGGGUGACGGCGGCCCUCCAUUUCCCAAAUGACGGAACGGCCAAUGCCCGCCAUCUGGCUACUGCGGGGCAGGACGCGGCCGAGAGCGCUGGGGCCAAGCUCCUGGAUGCAGACGUCACGGCCAUCACCAAGAGCGAGUCGGGCCCCGGGUAUACCCUCACGACAUCGACGGGGACGUUCACCGCUGCCCACGUCGUGGUGUGUACGGGAGUCUGGGCCAGCCAGCUCCUGCCCACCCUCUCCGCCGCCGCCGUCUCCGUCGCCCACCCUUACGCCUACUCUUCUCAGCGUACCCAACGUCCUGCCACCUCGCCGUUUAUCCGCUGGCCCGCAGCGCACGUGUACGCACGCGACCACGGCGUCCGUGACGGCAUUGGCAGCUACGACCACGACCCUGUCCACGUCUCCGCCACGGCGUGCGCGCGUAUGCCGUCGGCGUAUGGCGAGUGGGAGCCUGCAUUCGACUCUGUUAUUGACCGCGCACUUGGUCUCCUCCCCGCCCAAACUGCCGAGACGUUUGGACCCAUUGUCGCGCCCGCGCCGGCCGCUGUGGACACUGUCAAAGCCACAGACGUGCCCUAUGUCUUCAACGGCUUGUUCACUGUCACACCCGACGGCAUGCCGCUCGUGGGUCACUUGGAAGGUGGGCUGUGGUGCGCUGUAGGUGUGUGGGUGACGCACGCGGCUGGCAGUGCUGGAUUGCUCGCUGGGCAGAUUCUGAGUGCUGUCGGAAAAGGCCCCAAGCCCAGCAUCGAGGACGAAGGUUUGGGCAAGGCUGUUGACCCAAAACGGUUUGCUGGUCUCGAGGCCGCGGUGCUGGAGCGCAAGGCAUUGGCGUCGUACAACGACAUUUACAACAAGGAGGCAUAG